AUGAAGCUGAACGAGCGGAGCCUGGCCUUUUAUGCCACCUGCGACUCCCCGGCCGACAACGCUGGCUUCCUCUACAAGCGCGGUGAGCGGCACACGGCGUACCAUCGCCGCUGGUUCGUGCUGAAGGGCAACAUGCUCUUCUACUUUGAGGAACGGGAGAGCAGGGAGCCGGUGGGCGUCAUCGUGCUGGAGGGUGGCACCGUGGAGCUCUGCGAUUCAGCUGAGGAAUUCACCUUUGCCAUCCGCUUUGGCGGCACCAAGUCUCGCACCUACGUGCUGGCGGCCGAGAGCCAGGCCGCCAUGGAGUCGUGGGUGAAGUCGCUCUCGCGAGCCAGCUUCGACUACAUGCGCCUGGUGGUGCGGGAGCUGGAGAAGCAGCUGGAGGAGAUGCGCUGGGGGCCUGCCACCGAAGCCCCCACGGGGAGCCCCUCGGGCCCAGAGUGGCCCCCGGAGCGGCUGCCGGCUCUGCCUGCCGUCCUGCCGAAGGAGAAUGGCUGCGCGGUGUGGAACAAUGUGCCAGGAGCAGACCAGCUGCCCAACACCUCCAGCUGCAGCGGGCAUGACGGUGAGGGGAACCCGCGGCCACCACCACUGCCACCACGCAGGCGGGCAGCGAGCAGUGAGGCAGGCAGUGCCGGGGUGGCCACAGUGGAGAGCCCAUCCACCUUCUGCCAGCUCCACGAGCAGUAUGGCCGGGAGGUGGCCCGGCUGCAGCAGGACUGGCUGGAGAGGCAGCGUGGGCCCCGGCUCUGA